AAAUACAAUAGGAAUUAACCUUGGAGCUUUUCAUUUCCAGUUCCACCCAUCCCCAACGCGCGGCCGAAUCUCUCCUCGUCAGGCUGCGGACCUCAUCGCACCGAAGGGCCGAAGGCGAACCAAUUGAACGACCAUGGUCGGCGGCAGCUGUCCCACAUGCAAGAAGAAAGCUCGUCACCAGAUCGAUAGGUUCAGCGAACUCCCCGAACACAUCCUCCGCCGCGUUCUCUCCUUGGUCGACUCCAAAACCGCCGUCCAAACGAGCCUCCUCUCCCGGCGUUGGAGAUCCGUCUGGAAAGGCGUUCCCACCCUCAAUCUCUACUCAAAAUCCUUAAAGACCCACUUUAUAUUCCGUCGAUUCGUCUCCGAAACCCUCUCCCGCCGUUACGCCACCGCAAUCGAACAAAUCAGCUUGGAAAUUGGGUACCCAAAUGGCGAUGAGGAGGAAAUUGAUGACAGUGAUGAUGAUAUCGACCUACCGGUCGGGGCCACCCGAUAUCGGAGGCUCUUCAGUUACGCGGCGUCCCACGGUGGAAUCCAACGCUUGCGCCUCGUCCAUUGUGGGUACAGAGGAGGGAUCUGGAAUCAUUUCGUCCGAAGCGGCUCCCCUGCUGCUUUCGGAGUGCUUGCCACUCUGCAUCUGGACGGCUGCAAGGCGUAUUGUUUCCCCUCACUGAAAUGGAGCCCCAGCGCCGUUCGGGUCGACCCGUUCGCGGAUUUCCCCAACCUGAAGGAUCUAACCCUAAAGAAUUGCUCCUGGGCGAUUGGUGGUGGCGACGGGGAGGAAGAUGAUGGUUAUUACUCCAUCUGCUUGAGAGUCUCUGGGAUCCAGUUGCGGAAUCUCAAGAUUGAGCGCUUAUACUCCUUGUCCAAGGUCGAAAUAUUUGCACCGAAUCUCGAGUCAUUCUACUAUACGGGUCAGCUGAGGGGCCCGGAGUUCGCGGAGUUGCAGCAUAUGAUUUGCCUUGACCUGGCCUGUAUUCGAAUCUCUGGGUAUCAUGAUCUCGAUAUUCCGGAGAAUCGGGAUGAUUCUGAUUCUGAUGGUAAUGCUGAACUUGUUCCGGUGGAUCUCGCGGCCCGGAGGUUCAAGAACUUGUUCCAAGGAUUGCACAGUGCGAGAACACUUGAACUACAUUUGAAUACCUUCAAGAUACUUGAAAGGAUUCAAGAAUCGAAGGCAUUCCAGACUUCUCCUUUUACUCGAUUGAAGACCCUGAUCAUCAAUGUAGAGAAUAAGCUACAAUCAUUCGACAUGCCUUAUCGUAUAUCGCAAUACUUUCUCGGGAAUUCUACCAACAAAGAAGUGAAGUCUACCAAGUUUAAGGUGACAUCCUCCUAACCCCAAGGCGACUCGGAUAUGGCGCAAAGCGCUACGCUACUGAAUGACAACAUAUGGAUGAAGGAGCAGAUUAAGUUGGAGUGUCAUAUAUGCCUUGAAUCACUUGCCUUCCUAUGGACCCUGCCUAUGUAUACAAGUUGGGAAACCGAUGAGGAGCACAAUGUAAGAAACAUAGUGCACAACUGAUACCUUGAUCCUUCUUACUUGCUUAUUCUGAGAGCAUAUACACCAUUAUCCAGAAAAGGUGUCCACUUGUUUGUGUAAAAUGUCCAUGACUUCAGUACUGGUUUGAAAUACAUUCGUAGGAUUUCUUAUAAUGCAGUGAGUGUGCAUAUAUGCAUAGUUGGUGGUUUUUGCUGUCCCCUUCACAAAAUCGGAGUUGGAUAUAUGGAAAUAAAGGGGAACUCAUAGCCAAUGAGAAGCACAUGUCAAUUUUCGACCUCCUCUUAUGACUUGGUGGCGAAGUCCCGACUCGUCCAGACCCUCAAUUAAAAUAGUACAAGUAGGAGGAGGCUGUCUGCUGUUCAUCCUAAUUGAAUUUC